AUGCAUAUGUGGUUUUGGUUUGGAAACAAUUUAGGUGAUUUUCUUUUACCAGGGUACAAUGUUGUUACAACUUCAAGUUUUUUUUGCACCUGUUUAAGUUUACUUAUACUUGCAAUUUUAUAUGAGGGUAUGAAAGUCUUACAAAUUAAGUUACAGCAAAAUACUGUAAUUUUUACACAAAAACAAAGCCCAAGAGUAUCAGAGAAUUCUUGUUUAUUAUCUACAAUAUCAUCAAAGUCUAUAAGAACACAACUUUCCUUACAUUGUAUACGCUGGUUUGCAUGGAGUUUCCAAGUAUUUCAUUGGUUUAUACAUACAUUUCUUGGCUACCUUUUAAUGUUAGCUGUUAUGACAUAUAAUGUAUAUAUCAAUAUCGCUAUUGUGCUGGGAAGUUGCCUUGGAUAUUGGAUAUUUGGUUAUAUUAUUAUAGAACUUACUAUAAAACAAUUUUAUGAAAGGCAAAAAUUAUUAGACUGUAAUAAAGAAUGUGCAGAUAACAUAAAUCAUCAGAGGCAUGCCCCAGCAGUUUCUGUUAUGGCAGAACAGUUAGUAACAGAAGCUGUAGUAGAAGUUCAUAUGCCAAGAGAUGUAUGA